AAGUGAUCCCUAUAUGUCGCCACUACUCCGUAGAGGCGACACAAAAACUCAAAUGUUGAAGCUGUAUGAUGCACAACUCCGUGGUCAGGUGAGCUAAAAAUAUUUCAGUAUUCAUGCAUCAGUAACAUCAACACUGCAAAUAGGGAACAUUAAUAUGAAACUUGUUUCAGACUAGAAAAAUAACCUUUCAGCUUGUGGAGAGACCAUAUUAUUCAGGAAAUUUAUCUGAAACAAGUCUUAUUAUACUUAUUUUCCCUGAUGAUGACAAAAAACAAGGAAAUGUUAUAAAAAUCUUAUUCAAGUUCUCAUUUACCAGUAAAUAUAAUCCUACAAUUUUAAUAUAUUUCUGUUUCAAAAAGUUUUCAAGGAAGUUAACGUGUAUAAAAUUAUAUUUAUGUUGAUAAUAUUUUUCAAGAUUAUUGUUAAUUUUUCUAUAUUAUUUCUACAUACAACAUUCAAAAAUGUUUCAAGAACCGGACUACAGAGAAAACUUAUCAUUGAUGUUAUCAGAGGUUUUACAUGACAUUGGUGUCAAUGAAAGAACUGUGAUGGGAAGGAGAAGACAUUUCAUGCUACUAGAGACUAUAUGGAAUAUCAAGAACAGACUAGCUGAUACAAACUUGACUUACUAUUCUCUGGGGAGUAACAGUGAAGGUACAACUACUAUAGGACUUCAAUCAGACAUUGAUGUACUAGGAUAUUUUAGUAAUUUCAAUAUAAUACAAGACUGGUCAGAGUGGGAACAUGGCAAGGAUAACUUCCUCAUGAUACAGGAUGAGAACACUACUCCUGGGUAUUGUUUCUUACAACGACUCAGAAAUGAUGAACCUCUUCCUCUCACUGUCAUUCCUGAUGAACAUUUUAUUCUUGACAGAAGAGGAAGAAUAUUGCAUCAAAACACAAUUAUAUAUAAUUUUCUUCAAGGUGCUCAGCAGCGGCAUGGACCAGCUAUUGCUUCACAAGGAGAACCUGGAGUUUCUGAUAGUGACAGAGUAUAUGCUUUACAUUGUAAAUCAUGGCCUCAAUCAGCAUCAGGUUGGUUAGAUAGACAGGGUAUUGGCAGAUGGCCAACACAAGAGAUGAGAAGAUAUGCAGCCAGUACUGGGUUUUUUGUUGUUCCAACUGGAAGUAAGGUCAGUGAAUAUCCUGAACUGGAAUGGAGAAUAUCUACAUCAUUGACAGAAAGAUGUCUUAUGAUUAAUCUGAAUAUAACACAAAUAAGGUGCUAUGUACUAUUUAAAAUGAUUCUUAAGUCCUUCCUUAAUCCUCAAGAUGAAAUCAACAUAUCAAGUUUCAUGUGUAAAACAGUUCUAUUACAUUGUAUAGAAAACACAGAGUCUGGAAUAUGGAAAGAUAACAAUUUAUAUACAUGUUUAACAUACUGCUUAUUGGAAUUACACAGUUGUGUACAAAAUGACUGUUGUUCACAUUUCAUUAUACCGGAAAAUAAUUUGAUGGCAGGGCAAUUUACAGCUGAGACAAAACAUGAACUUUCAAAAAAUAUUUGUGAUUUUAUACAGAAUGAUAGACAACGGUUACUAAGUAUUGAUAUUGAUGAUGUUGGUCAUAGACUUCAAGUUAAACUGAACAGGGUACCACAUGCAAUUAACUAUUUUCCUUCUCUUAUAAUAUAUGAAACUGUUAUGACGGAGUUAUAUAUGAACAUUGCAACUAGCAUAAGUUGUCAGCAUAUGCUUUUUUAAACCUUUUAGACAAUAAAAACUUUAGAACAAUAAAACAAUAUGUAGGUAAACUAAAAACCUUCAUUGAUAAUGGUAAUAGAUUAGAUCAUGCUACUUUCAAGCUUCUAGCACCUUUUGUUUUUACCAUGUAUGGAUCUAUCCUAGCAUCUUACAGCAUUGGUGAAAAUAAUCAAGUGUCACCUCAAGCAUUGGUUUGGCUAUCAGCUGGUUUAAACUCAGAUAUCUCAUCUAGCAGACUUAAACUGGCUUCAGUGUUUUACAGUACAGGAGAUAUGGAGAAAGCUGAACUAAUUCUGAGGCACACAGAACAACAAUAUUACUCUUAUCCUGUUUUACCUAUCUGUGGAUGCUAUAUUCAUCCCCAAGAAGCAGUAACAGAAGAAUUUGAGAGAUUAUGUGGUGAGCAAAGUGAGAACUGUAUCAAGCAUAUUACAACAUUUUGUGUCAGAUUUAUACAGGGAGAGAUCAACUGUGUUCCUCAUGAACUACAGUAUGAAAUGUUCAGAUCUACACAAGAUGACAUGAUACACAGAGAUGAGGAUAAAGACUGUUGGAUGGACUGGGCUGUAGUUGAUUCUCUACCUUUCUUGUAUUUCCUACAAUACAAGAUCUAUUGUCAUCUACAAAGACAUCAAGAUCAACAACAAGCACUUGGUAAACUUAUAAGAACCAUAGAAACAGAUAAAAACCUCAGACAUAGAGAAACAGCUCUAAACAUUUUAGGACAAUGUAUGGAACAAGAAAACAGACCUCAAGUAGCAUUAAAAUGCUACAUGCUUUCUCUUCGACAAAGGGCAAGGAACAAUGUUGCAAACAUCCAUUUAUGUAAGCUCCUUUCUGGCUUACUGGUUAGCCAAUAAACUUAGAUAAAAAAAAGAAUGUAUGAAGACUUUAGUUUUCAAUGAUAUUAAACAGCUAAAAUGACAAAAUGUAGGCCUGUCAUUACACUUUUUAUCACAUAUUAUUUUGAAAUAUCAUUAAACAUGUUAAAUUGAAAGAAUGAUUCCACAUUCAUUGACUUGGAAUAUCUGACUUUACAUUUAAGAGUUAAGAGCAUAUUGUGUAAAGGACCAGUAUUGCUUGUGAAAAUGUAUUUCAAAUUUUGGUUUAUAAGGUGAAGUUUUUUUCAAAGCUUUUUUUAUACAGUAGUCAAAACAGUUUUAGCUUCUAUUGCUGGCAAUAUUUAUUAAAAGUCUUGUUUUAUAAAUGUUUCUUGUAGUUCUUGUUCUUAUUUUAUAGUUUGAACCCUGUAUACAUCUGUAUGUAGUCAAGUGCUUAUUUUAUAUAUGUACCCUGUAUAUCAAAUGACCCUGUUUUAAAUGCAGUCAUCAGCCACAAUUGUCUCAGGUCAAUAGGAAUAAUGAAAUAGUCAACUGUAGAAUGUACAAAACAAUACAAGAGGGCUAUAAUGGCCCUAUAUCACUCCACUAAAUUUUUAGAAAAAGUCACAAUUCUUAAAUGCUAAGGCAAGUCAUUAGGAGGGAUCAAUUUGGAUCAAAGGGGUAUGAUUAAAUCAAUUUGUAUAGGUGUUCACUAGGCAAUGCUAUUAUAAUAGAAGAUUUUUUGUUGUUUUUACUAUAUAAAUGUGAGGAAAAUCAAUGACCCCCCGGGGCAGGCGCCAAUUUUGACCCAAGGGCUAUAAAUUGGAACAAACUUAGUAAAGGUCAACUUUUAUUUGAACAAACUUGGUAUUCACUCACUAGAAGAUGUUUUAUGCUAAAUACCUUAACUUUAGUUCUUUGGUAAUUUUUUUUUUUUAAAGAUUUUGAAGUUGUUUUCUUUUAGUUGCCUUGGCAAACAGACUUCUUCAUCGAAUUCAAUUCUUUAAAUAAUUUUAAAAGGUGAUCUCACAAAGAACAUUCCUGUAAAGUUUAGAUGAAACUGGCUAAGCGGUUUAUGAGUAGAUGUUGUUUAAAGUAAAAGAUUAUGUAUGGCUGUUCACAAAAUUGCAAAUCACAAAAGUUCACCUUGUCACUUUGUGACAGGUGAGCUAAACAAGAGGGCCAUGAUGGCCCUGAAGUCGCUCACCUGUAUAUAGGCCCCCGUAGCGGGACCAGUUUAAACCCCAGGGCUUUUAUUUGAACAAACUUGGUAGACACCCAUUAGAAGAUGUUUCAUGCUAAACAUCUAAGGUCUAGCUGGUCAAGGUUUUACUUUACACAUAUAGUUAAAAACAAUGACACACCUGGGGCAGGGCCAGUUUGAACCUCAAGGGCUUUUAUUUGAACAAUCUUUGUAGACACUUACUAGAAAAUAUUUCAUGCAUAAUAUCUGAAC